AUGGAUGAUGACCAGUUUAGAAAAGUCUGGAAUGAGUUGAGUCCGAAAUGGCCUGCAGGAUUUUGGGAUGAUUGGAUGAGAGAACCCGAGAACAGAAAAGGACGCCAUUGCAUCAGACCGGAAAUUAGUCGCACAAAGAUGACUGCACUAGGAAAGAAAGGCGCUAGCAAAGGCCAGUUCUUCGAUAAACACGUCGCAAAAGUCAUUCUAAACAAAGCUCCUGUUACAUUUACUCUUAUGAAUCUGGACUAUCUUCUUAAUCCGACUUAUGAUCUGGAAUUUGAUCGAAUGGUGUAUAGCAGUCCCCUUGUUGACAUUAGCGAAGUGAAUGCUACUUUAGCCAAGGGAGAGUAUAAAAGUUUGAGGUAAGU